UCUCGUUAAAACGUGAUACGUAGUUUCAUUCAUUCUGAAGGUGGUGGUUGUCUCUCGUGAAUGCAACAAAGGCAAGCACAAUGGCUAAUUUACAGGAGUUGGUCAAGUUUUACUUCAUGCUCGGGGUAAGACAUGGAGAAAUCCUUAUGCUUCUGCGCACAGUGGAUAACGUUAUGAUUAGUAUGAGCACUUUGAGAAGGAUCCUCGAAAAAAUGGGACUCCACAGAAGAAAAAAUCAAUCCGAUCCUUUGGAUGUUGCUGCCUUCCUCAUCGACCAGCUGGASAGUUAUGGGAGCCUCCAUGGAUAUAAGUUUCACCACCUUAAAUGUAUUCAGCAUGGAUAUGUUGUGAGUCAGACUACAGUAAGACAUCUGUUAAAAUUCCUUGAUCCCAGUGGUGUGGAACGAAGGCGAAGGAGACGGCUGAUGCGACGAGUGUAUUUAAAUCCUGGGCCUAAUUUCAUGUGGCACGUAGACUCCUAUGAUAAGCUGAAGCCGUUUGGYAUAUGUAUUAACGGAGCAAUCGAUGGYUUUUCAAGACAAAUGAUAUGGCUUCAUGCUUUCUCUACAAGCAGUGAUCCUAAAGUCAUCGCUGGAUAUUUCAUAGCAGAAGUUGAAAGGAGGAUGGGGACACCUGCCAGAAUCCGUGCCGAUUUUGGAACUGAAAACGUCACAAUGGCAGAAAUGCAGAAAUUCCUGCGAUGGAGUGCUGAUCCCUCCGCAAGUAACUGCUUCAUUUCUGGAUCCAGCAAUCAUAAUCAACGGAUUGAAAGCUGGUGGGGCUUUUUGAGGACUCAUCAUGCUCAAUUCUGGAUGAAUCGUUUUCAUGAUCUGAAAGAGAAUGAUUAUUUCUCUGGUGACUUUUUGGACAAGCAGCUUGUUCUGUUUACUUGUCUGAAGAUAGUUGAGGAGGAGCUCCAACUGGUUUCCCACCUGUGGAAUACRCACAUCAUCCGGCACAGCAGAAAUACAGUGGCUCCAAGUGGACGUCCAGUUCUUAUGUACACCAUCCCACAUCUGUUUGGUGGACAAGAAUAUCUGGUGGAGGUUUCCCAGGAGGCAGUAGAUGCUUGUAAAGAAGAAUGCCGGCAAAGAGGAGCUUAUCCUUGUGAUGAAACAGUUUUCAGCUUGUGUUGUCAUAUAAUGUCUGAGAACUUUUUACUUGCACCAUCCACAGCAGAUGAAGCCAUUGAGUUAUACAAAUUCCUCAGAACAUACAUACGUAUGGCCUUAUAAAUGGUGCAAUGCAGCUUAUCAUGUUAGCAUAAGUUUUUUUUCUUGUUGCUUAUGUGUAACAGUGAACAUUUUUUCACAAUAUUUUGGAGGAAAAAAAAUCAAUAAAUAAAUCUGGAAAACCAAUUAUAAAAAUAACCCUAAACCAAUAUAUUGAGCUGAAAUAUCCAAAAAAUAGAAUAGGACAUUAACCAAUUGAUGAUGCUGGUCUUUUAAAUGCAUGCCUUUUUUUUUUUUUAGCUUUUUGAUGUCUACUGAAUUUUAGGUUUACAUAAUGAAAUAUGUGGCAUUUCAUGGCCGUCAAUUUUAUUCAUUCAACACUUACAAAAACUAACCAUUGUUUUAAUAGU